AUGGACGUCGUCGCGGCCGUCUCGGGCUACAUCUCCAAGAUGGUGACGGCUGGCGAGUCGGCCUCGGGGUCGUCAUCUACCAAGAUGAAGAUCCUGCUUUUGGAUAGUGAGACAGUAUCCAUUGUCUCGACCGCCAUCACCCAAUCCGCCCUCCUGAAUCAUGAAGUCUACCUUAUUGACCGCCUGGAUAACGCCGCGCGCGAGAAGAUGCGCCAUCUACGAUGCUUGUGUUUCGUGCGCCCUUCCCCAAACUCGAUCCAGCUUCUUAUCGAUGAGCUCCGCGAGCCCAAGUACGGCGAAUAUUACAUCUACCUAAGCAACAUAAUCCGCAAGUCCUCCCUUGAGCGACUGGCCGAGGCGGACAGUCACGAAGUCGUGCAGUGCGUGCAGGAACAGUUUGCCGACUUUCUAGUCAUAAACCCGGAUCUCUGCACGUUGAACCUAGGAUUCCCCCUGUCACGACUAUGGAGCCAUUCGCCAGAUCUAUGGAAUCCGGACUCGUUGCAGCGGGCCACGGAGGGAACUCUGGCUUUGCUGCUAUCGCUGAAAAAGAACCCUUUGAUCCGAUACGAGAAGAACAGUCUACUAGCUCGGAAACUGGCGACGGAGGUUCGAUACCAUAUCACACAGGAGGAGCAGUUGUUUAAUUUCCGCCGGACGGACACCCCUCCCAUCCUGCUUAUUCUGGACCGUCGCGACGACCCGAUCACACCGCUGCUUUCACAGUGGACAUAUCAGGCUAUGGUGCACGAGCUUCUCGGCAUCAAUAAUGGACGAGUUGAUUUGCGCGACGUACCGGACAUUCGGCCAGAGCUACAGGAGAUUGUUCUCGCUCAGGACCAGGAUCCCUUUUUCAAGAAGAACAUGUACCAGAACUUUGGCGAUCUGGGACAGAACAUCAAGGAAUACGUGGAGCAGUACCAGGUCAAGACGCAAAGCAACAUGAAUAUCGAUUCCAUUGCCGACAUGAAGCGAUUUGUGGAGGAUUACCCCGAAUUCCGCAAGCUCUCUGGCAACGUGAGCAAACACGUCACCUUGGUGGGUGAACUGAGUCGUCGAGUGGGCGAGGAUAAUUUAUUGGAUGUGAGUGAGUUGGAGCAGAGCUUGGCCUGUAAUGAUAACCACUCCAAUGACCUAAAGUCACUCCAACGAAUUAUCCAGCUACCAAAUGUCCCAGCAGACAGCAAAGUCCGCCUGGUAGCUCUCUACGGACUCCGCUACGAGAGUCAGCCCAACAACUCCCUUCCAGUCUUGCUCGACCUGCUCGUCACCGCAGGCGACGUUCCCUCCAAUCGCGUCAACAUCAUCCCCAAGCUCCUCGCAUAUCACCACUCCCUUCAAGCACCGCCAGUUGCUGGCGGCUUCACCGAUCUAUUUGAAUCAACCUCCUUCUUCUCAGGCGCCAGAGACCGCUUCAAGGGUCUCAAGGGUGUUGAAAAUGUCUACACCCAACAUUCCCCGCGACUAGAGGUGACUCUACAAAAUCUAAUCAAGGGUCGUCUGAAGGAGCUGCAGUAUCCGUUCCUCGAGGGCAGUGGGCAUACCCGGGACAAGCCGCAGGAUAUUAUUAUCUUCAUGGUCGGCGGUACCACAUACGAGGAAGCUAAGAUGGUGGCACAGGUCAAUGCCAGCUCUCCCGGUGUGCGAGUCGUCCUGGGUGGUACCAGUGUACACAACAGCACCACGUUCCUCGAAGAAGUGGAUGAUGCCGUUGGCAGCUGGCCAGAGCCUGGGCCUACGACAGCUGCUGGUCGGCUGCGGAGGGAAGUUGGGCGCUAG